AUGGCAACGUUACGAGAUCUGACAACUUCUUUACAUAAUAAAAGAAAAAUUAAUGAAUUAGAAGAUAUAUCAAAUACAACUUCUAAUAAUAAACAACAUUCACCAUAUCAUUAUAAUAAUUUAAAGAAUUUGAAUUCAUCAUCUAAUUUACAACAACAACUUAACAAAAGAAGUAAAUUGAAUAAUACAACUACAACUACAACUACAACAACUACAACUUCCAAUGCAAUUACACCCUUAUCAUCAUCAUCAAUUAUAGAAAAACCAAUAACUAGACUGAAUUCAAAAUUAUUAUUACAACAACAAGAAUUACAGAAGCAACAAUCAUUACAUAAAUCAUCAUCAUCGUUAACUUCAUCUAUAUCGUCUAGAACUCAUAAAAGACGAAAUAGUAGUCAUAAUAGUAUUAAUACAUCGACUGAUUAUUAUGAACUAGAUUAUAAACAUAAUAAGAAUAAUAUUAGCAAUACUAAACAAUCAAAUUAUACUCAUAAAUCUUCAAAUUCCUCAAAUUAUAAACAAAUUACUCCUCCAUCUCCAACUCCAAGUGAUGGAUUGUCCAAUGAUGAAUUAAUGAAUGAAAAUAGUAGUCAGCAAUUACAACAACAAGAACAAAGCCAAGAACAAGAACAAGUACUUUUUGAUAAUUUAGAAUAUCAAAAUGGUCACAUUGAUUCAAAAGAUCAUCAUCCAAUUAGACCACAACAUAGACGUUGUAAAUCGGUAUCAUUUGUAUUACCAAAUGAAGACUCAAAAUCUUUUCAACAUUCACCAUUAUUAACUCCAAAAGAUGAAGAAGAUGAAGAAGAAAUUGAUAAUUACCUCAAACAUCAACAAAAGCAAAAUCAAACUCAACAACAACAAAAUGCUACUGUAUAUCCAUCAACACCACCAGAAUCAUUAAGUGAUCAUCAAUCACAAGAUUAUAUGGAUCCAAAUUUUCAAAAUAUAAUUACUUUACAAACUAAAUCAAAACAUGAAUUAGAAAAUGAAGAAGAAGAAGAAUUACAAUCAUCAAAACAAAAUUCAAUUUUACAAAAUAAUUCAGAUUUUAUAGUAUUAAAUUCAUCAUUAAAUUUAAGUAAUUAUCAAAAUUCAAAAUUAAAAAAUGAUAUAAUAAAAUUAUCAAAUUUAAAAAAUAAAAUUAAUGAAGAAAAUCAUCAAAAUUUAAAAAAAUUUAUAUUAGAUUUAUAUACGGGAAAUUUAGAUUUACCAAAACCUGAAUCAAUAAUAAAAUCUCCUUUUAUUAAUUGGUCAAAAUAUCAUUCAUCUUUAAUUAAUAUUAAUUUUCAAGAAUUAGUAUCAAAUAAAAAUAAAUUAAGAGAUGAAUCUACUGGUGAAGAUUUAAAAUAUUUAAAUGAUGAUGAAAUUAAAUUAAGAAUUUUUGAUUAUAUUAAAUAA